GAGUUGACAAGGGGAUGCCAAAACUUGCUGGCAAAAGGGGAGCCUUUCAACUUUGAAAAGAGGAAGCCAGGCUGGGUCUUUGUGGCAACUCCCUCGAGCUGAUUCCUUGCACGCAUCGCAAUGGUCAGUCUGAUCUGCCUGCUGGAUAAUCACGGGACGCCCUUGCUGACGAGACAUUAUGAUAACGGAACUGAGGCGCCAUCGUUUCCAACUCUCGCCCUGCUGAGCACUGUUGUCAAGUACAGCGAGCAUGGCGGAUACCAGCUCGAUCAAUUUGCCUCAGAUAACAUGCGGGUUGUGUUCAGGAGCUUUCCAGAGGGCCUUCUCCUGGUGGCAAUGACGGGAGACCUGGCAACGCCGGAAAGCGCACUGGGCAGGAUGCUACAAAGAAUACACGAUGCGAUAGUGAUGGUCCUGGGGGCGAGCACGCUAAGUGGAAGCACGGACGCUCUGAAGCGCCAGCUCAAGAGUGUCGUCCCCCUGGUUGACCGCUUGGCGGGCAGAGCUGGGGCGGCCGACUCCGGAGUGGACAUGGUUGAGAUCCUGCCCCUGUCCUCUACUGAGCGCGCCGACCUGCGAGCUGGCGCGUCCUCAUUGGCCGCAGCUGCCCACGUGGACCACGUGGCAGUGACUCUGGGCGGCCGCUUCGUGGCCGGAACUCCUGACUGGUGGGCGCUAGACCCGGGGGGGGUGCUACUGAUUCAGCAGCUACUAGCGACGCAGCCGCCGGCGCUGAUGAGAGACGUGCCGCUAUUCCUGCCUAAGACGAGCCCCGAGGUCGCGUUCCGCCUCCUUACUUGCCGACUGACGGCGGAAGCGGAAGUUCUCCUUCUAGGGGGGCCAGAGCUAGAGCUGACCAAGCUGGCCGUGCUCGCGAAGGCCGCCUUCCAGGCCACAGCCGCUUCCUUGUACGCGUGCGCCACCCACCUGCCACGUGGCUGCACGUCGUCCGUCGCCUUCCCCGACGAGAUGCUGAUUUUCGUGUGCAUCCGUUCCGACGUCCAACAAGCGUUCCGCUAUUGCCCGCCUCUGCCGCCGGAACCGUCCGCAACGGACGAUCAAAGCAGAGCUGCAACGAACUUGCAGAAGUUCAUGUACCACGUAGAAGCCCUCGUCGAACAGCACGCUCGAGACCAGCCGCCGGUGGAAAGCGGAACGCGAACUGAAUUGAGCGACGUGGUGCUACGGGAGGAGGACCGAUGCUACGUGGCGGUCAACAGCGGCAACCAUACACUGUUUGCGGCUCUGAAGGAAGAGGUCCCCUCGUAUGCUGCAACCGCGAUCGCCAGAGCUGCGCUGCAAGCCGUUCAGUCUCUGGCCGGCUACACGUAGCUGCGCCACAAACGCGACGAGUAUGCGUAGAGAGAAGCGGCGCGGAAUCGGCCGGGCUCCCAACGUCAAUUUCAUGGCUCGCACAAGCUACCGUGCGAAACGGAUCCCAAAGAACAUGCCUUGGUGGUCCAGGGCCAAGUUAUUCCAGAGGCUCCAACACGUGUAAGCAACAGCCGGUUGUGCACGGUUGGCUUAGGUCAGGAUCAACACAAUACACUAGGAAGCUUUCUAGCCGAAACGGAAAUGGCACUGACAUCAACCUCAAUGUACGGACCGUACCGCUCGGGCACCUGGGGUACUCAGACUCCAAGCAGCUAUAGUACACAGGAAACAACAUGCGACUAUCUUAAGGCAACUUUUUAGCUCUACAUAGUGGCAAGCGAGCCAGCUCUAGCUAUUUUCCGGGGAGGGAUGCCGUCCUCCCUAGAAGAUGUCCUGCCACUCGGUGUACUUCCCCAACUCAGUCGGGUCUGCUUAUCUCGCCCAAGGCGCUUGUAACCAAGUAC